AUGGUGUAUGUUGCAGGAGGCCUGUGCAAUUUGAAGAAUCUUUCAUUAUUGGAUCUUAGCGACAAUGAAUUGGAGGGGCAACUCCCUCCAUGUCUUGGCAAUUUGACAUCCUUAAAUACGCUUUAUCUUUCACGAAAUCGUUUUGAAGGAACUUUUCCUUCCUCACUCUUUCAUUCUUUGAGGUCUCUAACAGCUCUUUUGCUUACUGAUGACAAUUUCAACGGCUUAUUUUCACUCUCUUCACUUGCCAACAACUCCAACCUCAAAGUCUUUUCCAUUAUAUGCUCUCACACCAACCUGAGGCUUGAAACAGAGAAUCCCCCAUUUAUCCCUUCCUUCCAAUUGAGGUCUUUCAAAAUCCGCAACUGUACUCUGAAUGAAGCCAAUGCUAAAAGAAUGCCUACCUUUCUUCUUCAUCAAUAUGACUUGCUACAUCUAGAACUUACCAACACAAACAUUUCAGGGGCCUUCCCGUCCUGGCUUUUGGCAAACAACACAAAAUUGACUUAUUUCAAUCUGAGCCGCAGCUUGUUCACUGGUCCUUUUGAAUUCAAUUCCACCUCAAAACUGCUUCAAAUGGAGUCUUUUGAUAUUUCAUCAAACCCCAUUAGAGAUGAAAUCCCUUCUCAUGUUGGCUUCAUUUUUCCCAACUUGAUCUCUCUUAACAUGUCUUCAACUUCAUUGCGAGGUUGCUUCCCAGCUUCAAUAGGUGAAAUGAGACAACUGAAUGAUCUCGACUUGUCAGAUAAUAAUUUAUCUGGUUACUUGCCCCAAGAAUUUGGUCAAGGUAACAAUGAAUUGAGGUUUUUGAAGUUGUCAAACAACCACCUCAGCGGCCCAUGUCUUCCCAUAGGAUCAAAUUUCACAUCUUUGUUGUUAUUAGAUCUCAACAACAAUAACUUCAAAGGAAAGCUUGAAGGUGCGGUCAUGAAUAGUACUGAAUUAAGAAUGUUGGAUAUUAGUGCCAACCAACUAUCUGGUGAAUUACCUAGCUGGAUUGGAAACCUUCAACAUUUGAGUUACCUCAUUUUGUCAAAGAAUUCUUUAACAGGUUCACUACCAGAAAGCUUUUGCAACUUGACCGAACUUACAUGUCUAGACCUUUCUAAAAAUAAAUUCAAUGGCUCUUUGCCAAUUUGUCUAAAUUUUUCAAAGUUGAAGUACUUGCAUUUGGAGAGCAACCAUUUCAUGGGACUUCUACCUUCCACUAUAGCCAAUUUCCCUUUAUUGUUGACUUUAAAUUUGAUGAAUAACAAUUUUUCCGGUCAACUUUCAAGAUUGAAUGGCUCAUUUUUGAGUUUAAGGGUCCUCAUGUUAAAAGGAAACAAACUUGAAGGCUCUAUUCCUACCCGUUUAUGCGAGCUCAAGAACAUCAGGUUAUUAGAUCUUUCUCAAAAUAAGCUUUCUGGAGGCAUCCCAUAUUGCUUGAAUAACAUCACAUUUGGAAAGAUAGAUGCACCAAGGGAAAAGGAAAUAGGACAUUUUACUGUGUCAUGGACUACAAGAUUUUCAAAUUUUCAAUUUAACUCUCUGACCGGUGAAGUUUCCAUACCAAAAGAGAAAGAAAAUUUUACACUGUAUAAAGACCAAGAAGUAGAUUUUACAACAAAAAGCAGGUAUGAAUCUUACAAAGGAAGCAUUUUAAAUUUCAUGUCUGGGAUGGAUCUCUCAAGUAAUCAAUUGAUAGGUGAGAUUCCUUCACAAAUUGGAUACCUAGGCAGUAUCCAUGCAUUAAAUUUGUCAAACAAUCGAUUGAAAGGGCCCAUUCCAGAAACAUUUUCCCACCUCAAGCAGAUAGAGAGCCUUGAUCUUUCAAGCAACAUAUUGACAGGUCACAUUCCUAAAGAACUAAUUCAGUUGUACUCCUUGUCCGUCUUCUCGGUGGCUCAUAACAAUCUAUCGGGAAUGACACCUGACAUGAAAAAUCAAUUUGCAACUUUUGAUUCAACCAGUUAUGAAGGGAACCCUUUUCUAUGUGGUCCGCCUCUGCAGCAAAAUUGCUUAAAAGCUGGAAGAAACAAGCAACCUCAUGAUCAUUUGGAAGGGGAUGACUUUCGAGAUGCCUUCUUAUGGAGUUUUGCUGGAGCAUUUGGGAAUGAGGUUGGAUCAGCUUCGGAUUUUGAUGAGCCUGGUCUGUGA